AUGCUUUCCGGGCAGGAUGUAACAUACAACUUUCCAAACGAUGAGAGAGAGAUGGAUCGUCUAGACUUGACGCAUACCAUGAUUGUCAAGACCAUCGGCAACAAGUUCUUCCUCGCCCCCAUCAAGGCUGAGGUGACGCACCGCAUCCUCGAUAUAGGAACCGGUACCGGAAUCUGGGCCAUUGAGAUUGCCGACUUGUUUCCAAACGCCGAGAUCUUUGGGAACGAUCUGAGCCCGAUACAACCAGCUUGGGUGCCGCCGAACGUCAGAUUCGAGAUUGAUGAUGUCGAAAGCGCCUGGGUUGUCAACGAGAAAUACGACUUUAUUUUCACGCGAUACAUGGCUGCUUCAAUCGCAGAUUGGCCGAAGCUGGUCUAUAGAGUAUAUGAAAACCUCGCGCCAAACGGCUGGGCUGAAUUCCAAGACAUGAGCGUUCUCUACGCGUGCGAUGACGGAACACUGACCGAGAAGCAUGCAAUCAUGAAGUGGGACCGUCUUUUCAUCGAGGCUUGCAAAAUGCUGGGGCGCGAAGACUCCCCUGGCCCCAAACUCGAGGGUUGGGUUCGUGAAGCUCCCUUCAAGAAUGUGGUUCACCAGCACUUCAAGAUUCCUCUGGGUCCAUGGGCCAAGGACGCGCACAACAAAGAUCUUGGAAUGUGCAAUCUUGCUCAAACUCUUGAGGGCCUCGAUGCAUUCACCUUGAAGCUGUUCAUUGGGGUGCUUGGAUGGACUAGGGAAGAGGUGAUGGUGCUGUUAGCCCAGGUUCGCCAAGAAUUGAAGAGUGGUACUUUCCACGCAUACCUUAACUACCACGUCGUUUACGGACAGAAGAUUGAAGAGGAAGAGGAAGCAGCUGCGGACGACUAA